AUGCCAAUGUCGCCAUCUGAUUUCCUGGACAAGCUAAUGGGAAGGAUGUCAGGCUAUGAUGCAAGAAUCAGACCAAAUUUCAAAGGACCUCCAGUUAAUGUCACAUGCAACAUAUUUAUAAACAGCUUUGGAUCCAUUGCAGAGACAACCAUGGAUUACCGAGUGAACAUCUUUCUCCGACAGAAUUGGAAUGAUCCACGCCUCGCAUACAGUGAAUAUCCAGAUGACUCUUUAGACUUAGAUCCAUCCAUGUUGGAUUCAAUUUGGAAACCUGAUUUGUUCUUUGCUAAUGAAAAAGGUGCCAACUUUCAUGAAGUCACAACAGAUAAUAAGUUGUUGAGAAUUUUCAAAAAUGGGAAUGUACUUUAUUCCAUCAGAUUGACCUUAAUACUGUCCUGUCCGAUGGAUCUAAAAAAUUUUCCAAUGGAUGUGCAAACGUGUAUAAUGCAGCUGGAAAGCUUUGGAUACACAAUGAAUGAUCUCAUUUUUGAAUGGCAAGAAAAGGGAGCGGUUCAAGUAGCAGAAGGUCUCACUCUGCCACAGUUUCUGUUGAAAGAAGAAAAGGAUUUAUGUUACUGCACCAAGCAUUACAAUACAGGAAAGUUUACGUGUAUUGAAGUCCGAUUUCACCUUGAGAGGCAGAUGGGUUACUAUCUCAUCCAGAUGUACAUACCAAGUCUCUUGAUUGUCAUUCUCUCCUGGGUGUCAUUUUGGAUCAAUAUGGAUGCAGCUCCAGCCAGAGUGGCUUUAGGCAUAACAACUGUACUGACCAUGACAACACAGAGCUCAGGUUCACGAGCAUCUCUUCCAAAGGUAUCAUAUGUCAAAGCGAUUGACAUCUGGAUGGCUGUGUGUCUGCUCUUUGUAUUUUCUGCACUUUUGGAGUAUGCAGCUGUAAACUUUGUGUCAAGACAACAUAAAGAACUUCUGCGAUUCCGCCGCAAGAGAAAGAAGAACAAGGUAAAAGAGGAUGAUGUAAGGGAAAGUCAGUUUAGUUUUACAGCAUAUGGAAUGGGCCCAGGUCUUCAAGCAAAAGAUGGAGUGACACAAAAGGGGCCAAAUAAUCCUGCUCAAGCUGCACCAAAAAGCCCUGAUGACAUGAGAAAGGUAUUCAUUGACCGGGCCAAGAAGAUAGACACGAUAUCCAGAGCUUGCUUCCCAUUAGCCUUCCUGAUUUUCAAUAUUUUUUAUUGGGUAAUUUACAAAAUCAUCAGGCAUGAGGACAUUCACCAAUAA